AAUUCAUCAACCUUUUAUCAAUCAAUUUCAGGAGUUUACUCGAGUUCCCUCUGAACGUCUUGUGCAUGAUUAUGCCGAAGGAUUUUCACGAGUUUUCACGUGUCUCUUAUCAAUUAGAGAACAUGUCUAGUUGCGGCGUGCAUCAACCUAUACCAAUUUUCCCUUUCCACGAGUUGAUACUUCCCAAUUGGUUUCAUAUACCAAUUCCCCUUUAUCACGGUUGGGAUUGUCCAAUUGAUUCCAUCCUAUUUUUUAUUUUUUCGAAUUCAAGAAAGGCGACAUCAUGUAAAUAAUAAAAAGAUUGUUGAAGUUGCGUAAUUUGGUCACAAGUUGUAUCAAGAUCCUGGUUCAAACGCAGCGGAGGUGAAGAAGUUUUCUUGAAGUUCCUUACGCGUUCUUGAAGCUUCUUGGAAAUUCUUAAAGAUCUACUUACUACACAGAUUCAGGCUAUGUCUCAAGCACACACAACAGAUGGAAGCACAGAUGCUAGAGCGUAACGCAUCGAUCGAGACAAGAUUGGGUGACUUCAAAACAAGAUUACCAGCACCCCAACCUCUUGCGCAUGAAUAACCGCCAAACCUUAGCCCUAACCCUAAUGUUGAAAAUAAGAACGAGGGGAAAGGAGGUUUGUUCAACAACCCAUGAUCGAGAAAACUAGCACCAUCUCCCUUUGGGGGUGCCGCGAGCAAGGGGUGGCCAGCCUCAGGCACAUGACGAGGAAGGCGAGUAUGAUGAUUAUGAUGCCUAACCACGACAAGUUGAAGAUGAAUUGAAGAACAUAAAGGUCACCAUUCCAUCAUUUAGAGGCACCACCAAUCCCGAGGAUUAUCUUGAUUGGGAAAUAAAGAUGAAGAUAAUCUUUGAUUGCCAAAACUACUAUGAAAAGAAGAAAGUUCAAGUGGCGGCGCUAGAAUUCUCGGAUUAUGCCAAGGUUGGUGGGAACAAAUUUGUAUGAGAAUAAGGAGGAAUAGACAGCACCCUAUUGAGGCGUGGGAAGAGAUGAGGGGCAUCAUGCGGGACAAGUUUGUUCCUAUCUACCAUCGUAGGGAGAUUCAUCAAGCCCUACAACUUCUACGACAAGGUACCAAGAGCGUAGAAGAUUACUACAAAGAGAUGGAGAGGCUAAUCGUUAAAGCAGAUGCAGAGGAGGAUCGUGUGGCCACCAUUUGCAUGAUUCCUACAGGGCCCCAAUCGAGAAAUUCAACCAUUUGUAGAGUUGUACGAUUUGGUUUUAAUGGCAACCAAAGUUGAGAGGCAACAACGAAUCAACCUUGGAAGAAGGUUUGUACCUCCCUCAAGUGCACCAAGUCCAGGAGUUCCUUCUACUUCAAACCUUAGGCCAGCCAUAUCGAAGCAAGAAGCACCAACGCCGGCGACAAAGGUUGAAGCACCAAGAGAAAGAUCCGCAGGUCAAGUGGAGGCAUUCAAUGCUUCAAAUGUCAUGGGAGAGGGCAUAUGGCCAACCAAUGGAGAAACAAACACGCUCUAGCUAUGUUGGAGAGUGGAGAAUAUGUUUCGAAAUAUGAAGAGGAAGAGAAGAAAAAUUCGGAUUCUGAAGUGGAUGAGUCAAUAGAGAUGGAGGCACCACCAUGAAGUCUUCUCGUGGCUAGAAUAAUUCUAAGUGUGCAACAAAAAGAGGAGCUUGAACAAUGAGAAAAUGUGUUCCAUACAAGGUGCGUGGUAGAUGGAAAUUUGCUCUCAAUGGUGAUUUAUGGUGGAAUUUUUACUAAUGUUGUGAGUGCAAGUGUGGUUAAGAAGUUGAGAUUGAGCACAUUUAAGAAUCCCAAGCCCUAUACACUUCAAUGGCUUAAUUAUCAUGGAGCUAUCAAAGUCACAAAGCAAGCCCUAUUGAAGUUUAAAAUUGGCGGAUACAAGGACGAGGUCCUUUGUGACAUAGUACCUAUGCAAGCGGCACAUGUCUUACUUGGAAGGCCAUGACAAUUUUAUCGAAAUGCACAUCAGGAUGGGGUUACAAACAAGUACAAAUUGUUGCAUGGUGGGAAGAAGUUUGUGUUAAAGCCCCUAUCUCCCAUGGAAUUCUUUGAAGAUCAACUCCAAAUGGAACAAAUAGGGGGAAGGAGAAUGAGUAGAAGUCUCAAAGCGUGAGCAAGAGUAUGCAAGAAGGACCUACUAUUGUGGAGACCAAGUCAUUGAUGAUAGCACGAAGUGGAGACUUGAAGCAAGCAGCGCAUGAUCGUGAAUCCAUGAUCAUGAUCAUCUACAAGGGUGUGCUACUCAAUCAAGAGCUAAUUCAAGACAUACCACCUAGGGCACGAGUGGUAUUAGAAGAAUUUGAUGAUGUCUUUCCUGAGGAAGCUCCAAAAGGCCUACCUCCAGUCGGCGGGAUAGAACAUCAACUUGUUUUCAUUCCUGGAGCUACCAUCCCAAACAAGGCAGAUUAUAGGACAAAUCCAUAGGAGACGAAGGAGUUGUAGAGGCAGAUUGAUGAGCUUAUGGAGAAAGGACAUGUUUGGGAGAGCAUGAGUCCCUACGUAGUUCCUGUCAUCCUUGUGCCAAACAAGGACCAUACAUGGAGAAUGUGUGUUGAUAAUUGCAUUCUUCUUGUUUGUUUUCGAAGAUUGAUUUGAGGUAAGGCUAUCAGCAAACUCUUACGAAGAAAGGAGAUGAAUGGAAAACUGCUUUUAAAAUGAAGCACGACUUAUACGAGUGGAUGGUAAGGCCCUUUGGUCUGAUUAAAGCGCUGAACACGUUCAUGAGGUUGAUGAACCACGUGCUGACAGAUUUCGAUCAUUGGGAAGUUUAUGGUUGUCUAUUUUGAUGACACUAUGUUCUAUUUGAAGAACAUGGAGGAACAUAUUGAUCAUCUAAGAGAUGUGUUGAAGACCUCGAGGAAGGAGCAGCUCUAUGCCAUUCUUAAGAAGUUCACGUUCCGUACCUCGAGCAUGGUAUUUCUAGGAUUCGUGAUAAGUGUGAAUGGUGUUGAGUUUGAUGAUGAGAAAGUGAAGGCGAUUCAAGCAUGGCCAACCCCUACCAAUGUGAAUGAAGCGAGGAGUUUUCAUGGGUUGGCUCUCUUCUAUCGAUGAUUUGUCCCAAAUUUCGGCACCAUAGCCGCCUCAUUGACAUCUAUUAUCAAGAAGAAUGUGGCAUUAUAUUGGGCGAAGAGCAAGAAAAAGACUUUGAGGUACUCAAGUACAAAGGAUGGCAAAUUGAAGUCGUAUUGAUGCAAGAGAAGAAGCCUAUUGCCUACUUUAGUGAAAAGUUGAGUGGUGCUACACUUAAGUAUCCUACAUAUGAAAAGGAUCUCUAUGCAUUGGUUAGAGCAUUGGAGACAUGAAAACAGAGUUCGUGAUUCAUACUGAUUAUGAGUCUCUCAUGUAUUUGAAGGCUCAACAUAAGUUAAACAAGAGGCAUGCUCAUUGGGUGGAGUUUAUUGAGUCAUUCACUUACGUGAUCAAGUACAAGCAAGGCAAAGAGAACGUGGUUGCUGAUGCAUUGUCAAGGAGAUAUAUUUUGAUCACUACUAUGGAAUCUAUUAUACUUGGAUUUGCUAUCAAGAGUUCUUAUGAAGGGGAUUUUGACUUUUGAGAGAUCUACAAAUCUUGUGAGAAGCAUGGAAAAGGAAAGUUCUAUAGGAGUGAUGGUUAUCUCGUUCGUGGUAAUCAGUUGUGCAUACCAAGAACAUCACUUUGAGAGCUAUUGUUCAAGGUGGCUCAAGGAGGAGGAUUGAUGGUUCAAUUUGGUGUAGCCAAGGCAUUGUGUUGUUUGCAAGCACUUCUAUUGGCCUCACCUGAAGGGCGACAUGGAGAACUACCUAUCCCUUAUGCACCUUGGGUCAAUAUUUCAAUGGAAUUUGUGCUAGGGUUGCCAAGGACAAGAAGAGGCAGAGACUCAAUUUUUGUGGUGGUGGAUCAUUUCUCGAAGAUGACACAAAGAUUUCAUUGAUUCAUUCUUCUUUUCCUUUCUGUUUUUUAGAAUUCCUGAAGUCUUUAUUCAAUUAUCAAAACUUUUCCACUUCGCACAAUUAGGACCUAAAUGAAAUAUGAAAUUCUAAGUAGUCUACUUCCCUUUGAAUGAUGAAUUCAGAUUAUUUUAGAAUUCAUAAGGGAUUUACUUGUCUAUAUCUCCUUCUAUUUGAUCUUUUAGGUACCGUGAUCGCGUCGAUGGUUAUGCCACGAUGCUAUUAAAGACUAUAUACGACCUAUAGACUCCUUUAACCAUGACAUAUUUACUUACUUACUUUAGUGUAAACAUAAUUUAUUUCAAAACUAAUGAAAAUAUCAAAUAAAAAGAAUGAUUAAUUCCACAAAAGAGAUCGUGAGAUUUCAUGGUAUGCCACAUACCAUCUUGUCUUAUCGAGAUGCGAAGUUCUUGAGAUAUUUUGGAAGACAUUGUGGACCAAACUGGGCCCAAAACUUUUGUUUUCUAUGACUUGUCAUCCUCAAAAGGGUGGUCAAACUAAAGUGUUGAAUCAUUAAUCUUUCCAAAAUGUUGCGAGCUCUGAUCAAGAGCAACAUCAAAACUUGGGAAGAUAGUCUACCACAAAUCGAGUUUGCUUACAACACAGCUGCGCAUUACACCACAGUUGUGCAUUUGACCACAAAGCACUCACACUGUUGGAUUUGACACCUUUAUGCUGAUGACAAUUCGAAUUUGAGGUCAAAUUCUUUCAAGAGGGAGGGACUCUGAAAGUCAUCAAAGACAAGCCUACAACAUCACAAGAGGGUCCUAUGACAUGUCUAAGGGCUAAGAGGCUAAGGGAGGAAGUUGCAAACUACUUUGAUCGUCACUUUGAUCAUAUGGACGUGAACCAACAUAAAGGGAAGCCCAUCUUGGUGUUGCAAUUCAUUGAAUGAGAUCAAAUGGGCUUUGAGGAAGAAGGUGACGGCCAAGAGGAGAAGAGUGGGCUUUUGAGGGGUUCCUUAGCCCAAAUGGAAGACCAAUUCCUUAAACUAGAAGUAAUUAAGGUGUGAAUGGAAU